GGGAGGGGUAGAGGAAAGCGCGGUGGGCAGGGGGUGCGGGGCACGCGUCCCCAGACGGGAGGAGAGGACAAGGACAGGGAGCGAACGCGCCCAGACCGCUCUCCGGGCCGACGAGGGGCUCCCUCCGGCCCCGGCGCGCUCUUGGGAAGCGGCCCCGGGGCGCCGUGGGAGCCAGUGGCAGCGAGGAUGCCGGCGCAGGGACCGCGGCUGCCGGCUGGGGGGUGUGAGCUUGCGGCCGAACGGUGCCGGCUCCGCGCCUCCAUUCCGUGCCGCCCCUCCCCUGCGCGGCCUCGGAGGAAGCCCCCGCGGAGCGCGGAGGCGCCUCGGAACCCAGGCUUCGGGCGGCGGGGCCCGUGCGGCUGGCCCCGGCCCAGCGAGAGGGAGAAGAUGCCAUUCCACCAUGUGACCGCUGGCUUGUUGUACAAGGGGAAUUACCUCAACCGUUCUCUCUCUGCUGGCAGCGACAGCGAGCAGCUUGCUAAUAUCUCCGUGGAGGAGCUCGAUGAAAUCCGUGAGGCCUUUCGGGUUCUGGACCGAGACGGGAAUGGCUUCAUCUCCAAGCAGGAGCUGGGCAUGGCCAUGCGCUCUUUGGGGUACAUGCCCAGUGAGGUGGAGCUGGCCAUCAUCAUGCAGCGCCUGGAUAUGGACGGGGAUGGCCAGGUGGAUUUUGAUGAAUUCAUGACAAUUCUGGGCCCCAAACUAGUGUCUUCAGAAGGUCGCGAUGGUUUUCUGGGAAACACGAUAGAUAGCAUAUUCUGGCAGUUCGACAUGCAAAGGAUAACUCUGGAAGAACUGAAGCACAUCCUCUAUCACGCCUUCCGAGACCACUUAACGAUGAAGGAUAUCGAGAACAUCAUCAUCAAUGAGGAGGAGAGCCUGAACGAGACCUCGGGGAACUGUCAAACAGAGUUUGAAGGAGUGCACUCCCAGAAACAGAACCGACAGACCUGCGUCAGGAAGAGCCUCAUAUGCGCCUUCGCCAUGGCGUUCAUCAUCAGCGUCAUGCUGAUCGCGGCCAAUCAGAUCCUGCGGAGCGGCAUGGAGUAGCCGCACCAGCCGCUGUGUUCCCAGCUCACCGCGCAUGUGCAUGCCCCGCGGGCAAACCUCGUUCCUCCACGCAAGCAGGUAUGGACGGAGGCGGACGAUGGUGACCUUCAGCAGGGAACGCAAGGUGGCAGUGCAACCGGAACUGCAAACCAACUUCAUCUCCUUGGCAGGGACACACAAGGGCUGUCUUCAAGGCUUUAAUGGUUUCGUUUCCUAAUGCAAUAAAUAACCAGGACUUGUGGCUUCAGUCACUGGUAGUUAACUCUGGAGAGACCCUUCAUCUUCAUCUUGGAAUGACAGCGGCGAUCCGAGUUGGUGGUGUAAGAGAGCAAGACAGAGGCGUGUACAUGCAACCAUCUCCACCCACCAUUGUUUCAACCCAGGGGUUAGCAGUAGACUCCCGCCUGCAGCCAACCCUCACCCUAAGAGGCUGACUUCUGGGUGGCUUCAGAAGAUGGGGCUUUCCUUCUCAUCCUGGAUUCCUUUGGCCACUCUGUGGAGACCCUUCCCCGAGGUGUGAGGGGAAAGCCAUUGAACGGGAUGCAGCGUCUGGCGGCCUGCAGCUGCACCCCUGUUGCUUCCGUUUUUUACUGCCUUUUAUAACAGGACUCUUGUGGGCAGAGUUGGGGAGCUCUCGGUUUCCGUUGGCACUUGGCUUUCUGUUCCUUGAGCCCUUCUCGCACCAGCAUUUUGGAAUCUGCAGAGAGCCUUCCUCCUAGCUUUGCCACCUGGGCUGCCAUUAGAGAGAGAAGAAAAAAAGCAGCAUUAUGCACAGGCAUAUCUAUAACAUAGACAUAUAGAGAGACGUAUCUAUUUGGCUUCUUCGUGUGUGACAUUAUCUUUUCCCAAUCGCUUGCUCCUGAUACAAGCUUGUCCUCCAACACUCAU